AUGCCGACCGCGUUACAUCCCCAAGCCAAAUUCGACCCAAUCCCUCCAGAUCUCGACCUCCAUGCUCUUGUCGAUCGCGCGCCGAACUUCGACUGGGUUGUACGAAUUUCCACCGCACAGAUCAGGCGCCUUGGUCCCUCUGGUUUCGAGAAGCUGGUACAACUUCAUGUUAUCGAGGGAGGCCGACCGUUAGUUAUAGAAGGCUGGAACAAAGUCUUCCCAGAAGAUUUAUUCAGUGCCGCCUGGUUGGAGAAAACUUACGAUAAAAAACAGGAAAAUGUUCGUGACAUAACAGCACAGACCGAUAUUCCAAUGACUACUGGCCAUUACUUGCGAUCGAUGCGACAGUUGACCAAUCAAUGGACCCCUACGAAUUUCCGCGACGACCGGCGCCAGCGUCUUUAUCUGAAGGAUAUAGACUGUCCUCCCGAGUGGUAUAAUCAUCUGAAGAAGGUCAUUCCUCCAAAUGUCUUCUAUAUGAAUGAAAACAUCAGCGAGAAUCCAGGAGCAGACACUCGAAAUGACGAUAUUUUUGGCGCACCGGAAAAGACUUCUGCUACGGCAGGAGAUCUCAUGAGUAGCUUGCCUGAGGAGAUGCGUGCGCAAAAUUUAAUGUGCUACAUCGGUCAUGAAGGAACGUAUACGCCUGCGCAUCGAGAGAUGUGCGCGAGCUUGGGUCAGAAUAUUAUGGUGGAAGCCUCGGAAGACGAGAAUGGAGAUAGGGCGGGGAGCUCGAUUUGGUUUAUGACUGAGACCAAGGAUCGCGAGGUUGUUCGAGAGUACUUCCUUUCCAUGCUUGGCCACGAUAUUGAAAUCGAGAAGCAUUUCGCGCAGAUCAACGCCUGGAAGAAGGCCAAUUUCCCCGUCUAUAUUGUUGAGCAAAAAGUUGGCGACUUCAUUCUUAUACCUCCCUUGGCUCCCCACCAAGUCUGGAACCGCGGGACGCGAACUAUGAAAGUUGCAUGGAAUAGGACAACGGUCGAAACCCUCGACUUAGCUCUUCACGAAGCCUUGCCAAAAGCGCGACUGGUUUGCCGAGAUGAGCAAUAUAAAAACAAGGCUAUCGUCUAUUAUACUAUGGAGAAGUACUACAAAGACCUUCAAGCCCACGAAGAGAACGCCGAAGUUGGGUUAUUGGGUCUUGGUCAAGAGCUGAUGCAAAAUUCCUCACGUAUGAAGCAGAUGGCUAAUGACUUUAAACGUUUGUUCGGCCUGUUCACCGAGAUCCUUGUCGACGAGAUGUUUGGUUACAAGCAAACAGACGUUGAAUAUAUCCCCUUCGAUUCAAACAUUACAUGUUCAUACUGCCGGUCCAACGUUUUUAACCGCUUUUUAACUUGCAAGUGUUGUGUGCGAACGCUGAUCAACGGCGACGAAGAUACAUACGAUAUUUGCAUGGAAUGCUAUGCUAUGGGACGUUCAUGUGUCUGUAUAUCGGGCCUCCAGUGGUGCGAGCAAUGGAAAUGGCCCGAUCUCAUCGAAAAACAUGAGACUUGGCGAUCAAUGGUUAUUCAACAAGAUGGAUUUGUCGAUGUCGAUUUGUCCCCCCAGCCCAUCGAAAUCGUGCGGAAAAAGACGGGAAAGAAGUCGGUAGCCCAGAUCUGCCAAGAACAGCUUCGAAGGCGACCUUGGAAUGACAUCACAAAGCCAUCUCAACCUCAAGCGGAGGAAUCUGAUGAACCCGAGGUCGACGAGGAAGGUCGCAUUAAGAGGAAGCCGAAGCCGAAACGCAAGGCCAAGAAGGGCGAUGUCUACCGCUGUCACGUCUGCUGCCACAAAGACUAUACAUACAAGCUAAACUUCUGCACGACAUGUCAAAACGCAUAUUGUUAUGGUGUUUUGUGGCGGGCAUUUGAUACGAUGCCCCAGAUGGCAAUGGAGAGGGAACAUUGGCAGUGUCCCAAAUGUCUCAAUAUCUGCAACUGCGGGUCUUGUAGACAGAGUGGCAAUACACAUCCAUAUGUCCCUAAGAAUACCCUUCUUGGGCACGAUACGCGUCCAAUUGCGGAUGAUCGCAGUGUCGAAUCAAUCGUCGACUUCAGGCAACAUAACCUUAGCUGGCUAAAGGCCACCGGCGACGAAAAUCGCGGGAGGGAUACGAAGCGGAUGCAACGUCUAAAGCAGCAGGCGGAUGCUGAAAAGGCUAGAGAUCCAUUGGCUUCUUUGAAUUCUGCAGAAGACGCUCCGCACGAAAUGGAUUCGGCCCUUCAGGAUUCAAUUAUGAACGGCUAUGGGGAUCAAAGCCAUCUCCUCGACCAUGCUGAGACAACCAUUGCUAGUUAUGAGAAUGGCCAAGCACCCGCUGCUGACAUGUCGCAUGGUGAACCUGUGGACGAGGUUGACCACGCCGAGAUGUCUGCUAUACAAUAUGGAGAAGGAGACUCGGUUCUUCCAGGUCAAUCUCAGUACCCCGAUCCGUCUAUGAUUGGUCACGCACGAAUGAUGGGAAUGGGAUUCUAUGACCAAGAUGAAAGUGCAGAUAAAAUCUUGUUCGAUCCUUUUCAGGUUCCAUCUGCUGAUGCUCUAAACAACGAGCCAGAAAUGUCCGAAUACGUCAAAAAGACGCUGCGACUUGCGAAGAGAAAGGCAAGACUUGAGAUGGAUGAUGAUCCCGACUUUAGAGGACCUAGGAGUCACCAGCGCAAAAAGCCCAAGACCGGGAAUAUUGAUCAACUUGUCAACUUGGAUCCAGCUCUACUCGGUGCCCUUGGCGAUAGCGUAUCUACACCCAUAAGAUUAACAGCCGCAAUCGGCCCUAGUGAACAGCCAGGGGACGACGUUACGGAAACACAACCGAGAGAAACAACCGAGCCGGCCUCUCAACCUAAGCAAGCACCUAAGCAAGCGAGGCCUCCUCUUCCUAUCGAUCCUCUACGACCUACUCUGCGACACGCUAAACCAAGAGCAUCGUAUGUGGAAGCCGAGGAGCCCGCAGAAGACCCAGACGAUAGUGUUCUAAUUAAGCCCCUGAGAAUUUUUGGAUCUGAGGGCGAAGAUGGCAUACCGGAGGAGUUAGACCCUGUAGAUUUAGCGGCGGAUGCAAUCCGCGCUUUGACUCAAUUUCCUGGCGGUGAAGAGGGAAAUUCAACUAUCGUCGAAAACACACCACAGCCGGCGGCUAAGAGACGAGGGCGACCACCCCGAAGCUCUAUCGGAACGGUUGCUACUCCGUCCACUGGGAAGAAGCGUGGCCGCCCGCCAGGACGACCGAGAAAAUCUUUACCUAGUAAUCCUGAGAAUGACGAGAGCAGUAUUACGGUGGAUGCUGAAGACCCCGACAGCACUCAAAAUGAGAAUGACGUUACCGUAGAUGAACUUGAAGCUCAGCUGGCGCGAGAACUGGGUGACGCAAAUGACGGAGGAGAACAGUCACGACCAACCGCGGCCCGUGGGGGUUCUGUAAGGAAAAGAGGCCGACCACCAGGACGGCGAGUAACACAAUCUCCCGCGAUAGCCAAGUCAGACGAUGCGCCUCCGGAUACCCGUUUCAUGUCUAUGAGAGAACGAGCAGCUCUCAGGGGCAGGAGAAUUAGGAUUGGUUCACGCCGGACAAGGGAUGGUGCGACAGGAAGCCCUGGAGCAGCUUUGAUCCAAGGUACUCCUGCUGUUACAACUACUCGAAAUAAACCAAUACCAGAUACCGAGAAUGCGGAGGAAACUAGCAGACCAAGCUCGAAACGGGGCCGCAAAGAACUAAUUGAUGAUGAUUUUGAGCCUGCUAAUGAGGGAGCCGAGCCUUCGCCCUCACCCAGUCCCACGCCGGAGCAUCAAGCCCCAGAGCGGCAACAGGCUGUUAAGAAAUUGGGUACUCCUACUAUUGUCAGGUUAUCAUUUUCAGAUGAUAGUAGUGAUAGUAGUGACAGCGACUCGUCUUUGGAAGCCGACGAUGAUGGCCCAGCUAGAAAACCUUUCGUUGCUACACGCGGUCGGGGAAGAGGAAGAGGAAGGGGAAGAGGCAGUGCUAGAGCUCGAGGCCGCCUGUAA